AUGGGUGUCUCUCGUCUGUCGAUGCAACUCGAAUUCGAAGGUCUAAACACGGCCCUUAAAGAUCUCUUGGCUCUGAGUCGUCGCAUUAAGGAGCUCUGGAUUUUUGGGCCUCUCGCCUCCGAUCAAGACUCUACGCGUCAGCAGGCCGGUGACCUUGAGCGAGAUGUGUUACAGGUUGCUAAGCUCGUCAACGGCUUGGAGGAGAGCACGAUGAAUGAAUUGGCAAGAAAGUACGGCGGUACUUGGAAAGACAAGCCAAAGGAGGCUGGUCAGGGUCGUGGCCAGAUCUGA